UGCUUUUUAUAUUAUCUACAUUUUCGUAGUAAAUUAUUGUUAGGUUAGGAUAAUGUAUCAGUGACAGAUUCAUCAUUGAUCUUGUCAAUCGAUGUAAUGUAACAAAAGUUUCAUAUUGAGAUAUAUUUAGGAACUACUGAGAUGAAAAUGAUGGAUGUCAAUGGACAAAAUGAUUGUUAUAUCGAAGCAGUCACUCCAGCCAAGAAAAAGAAGAUGAAACAAGCUCAGUUACCAUUCCAUAGUUCAAUACAGUCUCCAAGUGUUGUACAAAAUAAGAAGAGGAAAUUAACAUCUCCUUCUGUAGAAUGCAGAAGUCCAAAAACAAUGAAAAUUUUGAAAAAAAGUUUAACUAAGGGCAAUGUAGAUAAUACAAAAAGUGAUGUAGAUAUUAAUGCAGAAGAUAGUAAUGAUUCUGUAAAAAUAAUGAAAGAUACUGAAAUUGAAAAUGUGAAAGAAAACACAACAUCUAAUAAAGUGGAAACUAGGAAUAAAUUUGAAACUCCAAAACGCACUUCAACUAGACAAAAAAAAAUAGAGAAACAAGAGAAAUUGAAGUCAAGUUCUUUAACAAAAUUCCUUCAAAAGACUGAUAAACAGGAAGAUAAAUUAAAGGAAGAGCCGCAAGUUUCUUUGCAAGAGGAGGAAGAUGACUCAAUUAAAAACACUCCUAGCAAAGCUAUUGAUAGUGGUACAAGUGUGUCACAUACAAAUACUGUUAGUAACAAAGUGGAAGAUUCACCAUCACUUUUGAAUGAUUCUCUAUGUCAGUCUGAUUCUGAUAUUGCAAUUGUAUCCUCUGAUAACGAAGAUAAAGAUGAACAAACAAAGUCAAAUAACAGUACAAUGGAGGAUGCAUCUGGUACUCCACAAAUUCUUAAGACUCCCACAAUGGAAAAAUCAAAGCAAAAAAAAUUAACACCUAAGCAGCAAGAGAAGAAGUUAUUAAGUGCUAAAAAAAGAGAGGAAAGACAAAAAUUAAAAAUGGAGAAAGAAAAGAAAUUGGAAGAGGAACGGCAAACUCGGCGGAAAGAAAAGGAAGAGAAACGUAAAGAAAAGGAAGAGAAACGUAAAGAAAAGGAAGAAAGGGAAAAAGCCGAAAAAGAACAAAAACUGAUGGAAAGAAAAUUGAAAGAACAAAAGAAGCAAAUGGAAAUCGAACAAAGGCAGAAAGAAAAACAAGCAAAAGAAGAAGAACGUAAGAAAAGAGAAGAGGCUAAGGAGGAGGAAAAGAGGAAAAAAGAAGAAGAAAGAUUAGAAGCAGAACGUAAGAAACAGAAAGCAGCAACGACUUUCACUAGCUUUUUCGUAGCUAAAAAGCAAGAAAAAUCCACAGAAGAUGAGAACGCGAGUGAAGUAAAGAAUUUCAUGCCAUUCGAAGUAAAAGCAGAUAUGAAGAUAGCUCCAGUUUGUAGAAGAAUUUUAAAUGGAGAAGAGAAGCUGUUAUUUGAUGAAAAGUGCAAUGAUGGAAGUAUACAAGUGUCAGACUUGUAUCUCAGUGAAAUCAAAAAUAAAAAAAUUGUCCUUCGCAAGUCAUUGAAAACUUGGCCACUUGAAACAAAAGAGGACGUAGUUUUAAUUGACGAAGAAAACGAUGGCACUUCGAACAUUGUGAAUCAAAACAUCAUCAUAGAGAAGCAACGACCUAAAUUGUUACAAUUUUCUGAAAAUCAACGUCCACCCUACUGGGGCACAUGGAGAAAACGCAGCAACAGUAUUAAUCCUCGAAAACCGUUUGCAAGAGAUAAAGAGUGGUUCAAUUACGAGGUAGACUCGGACGAAGAAUGGGAAGAAGAAGAGCCAGGUGAAUCUCUGCAUGGAUCUGACGAUGAAAAGGAUGAAGAAAAUCCAGAGGACAAUGAGUAUGACGUGGAUAAUGAUUUCAUGGUUCCACAUGGAUAUUUGUCCGAUGAAGAGCUGCGCGCAGAUGAAGAGGACAAAGAAGAUAUGACACCAGAAACACAGAAGUUCAAAUUGAAACUAUUGGGAGAACAAUUUGAGUCUGAGAGGAAUACGAAGACCUCGAAAUUGAAGCCAAAAAUAAUAGGCUGUAUUUGGAGAGGACCUGACAAUGAAUUUCCAUCGAAUAUUCCACGAAAGACUCUUGACUUUUUGUUAGCUCACGAAGCUUGGGUUCGUCAAAUACCGAUAAUAUUGCCGACUACGUCUGAGAAUGAAACCACGACAGCUAACGACUGUAAGAGUUCAACGCCACAACAGUCGACGACAACUUCAAAGAAAUCGCGAGUUCCGGAAGAGGCUUUACCGGAUUUAAUUCGGUUGGUACACGGAAAUACACAUAGCAGACGGUUCCUUGUGAAGGAGUUUAGUGCGUACUGGAAUAAGAAGAACGAAGCGAAUUCACUCUCGAAGGCCAGUUUACUGUAUAAAAUUCGUGAGAUUGGGAAGUGGAUGGCGUGUCCAGAGGAAGGACCAAUGCAUUUGAAGGCUUGCUGGUACGUUUUCGAAGAAAUCAGAAAAAAAUAUCAUAUCGAGGAGCUUUCUUUGCCAAAUCGCUGGUCAUAUAACCUGGUUCCGAAGAGAAAGAGCGAUGUGACACAGUUUGUUGAGAAAUUGGAAAAAUUGGAGAAAGAGGAUAAAGAUAAUAAAGAUAAAAAGAAUGUGCCUUUAAUUACUCAGUUUACUAAAAAAAUUACUCAAGAGGAAAUGAAAAAGCAAUUAACUGGUAACCCGGCCCAAACUACUCCUCGGAAGCAACCUAAGAGGGCGACAUUAAUUUCUGUUAAUAGAGGCGAGGAGUUCCCUAGGACAUCGAAAGAAAAAUUAAAAAGUGUUGUGAGCAGCAAGAAAGUUAGAAAUAAGAAAUCAAAUCAAAAUGAUAGUUCGGACAAUGUAAUUGUAAUAUGCUCCGACGAUGAUGAUGUUAAUGCCCAGGAAAAGAAAGAAGACAAAUCCGAAAAUAAGAAAAAGAACGAAGAUAGACUUGAUGCUACUCCUAUGGAAUUUGAAGAAGAAGCAAGAAAUGAAGGAGAGAAAUCUGAAAAUGAAAAAAGUAAUGAGAGUGGUAAAGCGUUGAAAAUCGAAGCUUUGACAAAGAAUGAUGUACCGAAAAAGAAUGUGAAAGAAACUGACAUCGAUACAGAUGAGUAA